AUGGAGGAGGUGGUGAGCAGCGAGGACAUGAAGGGCUUCGAGGGCGUGGAGGUGUGGAAGUGCCAGCGGCUGGUGAUGGCCGACCACGUCCGCCGCACCGUCUUCCCGCACACGCGCCUAUGGGCUCACGCCGACGCCAACAAAAUAUCCAUCGAAAGUUCGAGCAACACGCUCGGCGGCGACCCGCACGAGGAAGCGCUGCUCGGCGGGUGGCAAACGGAGCCUGCGGCCGAGGCCGAAGGGAAUGGCAAACAACAGAAGGAGCGUGAGCGGCGCGUGUCGUGUCGUGUCGACAUCAGCCAGGUGGAGCUCCUUCUCUACCCGCUCGGCAACGGACUCCUCCUCUUCCACCUCGAUUGGAAGCCCGACCCCACCUGUCCGCUCGCCCUCGACCAGCUCCGAUCGUGGCUCUACAUGGCCAAGUUCAAGCACAAGGUGCGGGGCAUAUUCUACGGGUGGACGCUGGGCCAGGAGGACGCCCAGAAGCCGAGCGGCGCCUAUGCGAGCGCGCACCUCGACUCCCUGGGGAAGCUGGCCCACCCUAUGCACGUCCCCCUCGGACCCGCGCCUCUACUCUAUGAAGGCAGCUUCGCAUCGUUGAGCUGCAUCGGAAAUUGGUUGGUCCAUUUGCCGCACGAGAACUCGCUCCACCCACCUCGCCGCAUCUCCUACUCUGCCCCCACCAAGAGAGAUCUGCGCGACUAUCUGCGGCAUCUCACACGAGCAUUCAAUGUGAGCAGCAUGACGCCGGAUGUGCUGCUCCCGGAGGCGAUGAACCACCACACGCUGGAAAAGAUCCUGCCGCACCGCCGCAACAGAUACCUGGGUGUGUCGGUCGAAGGCAACGUCUCCUUCAGCUGGCUCACCGAGGACUCCAAUCCGCUGUUUGAAUGCGUGACGUGGCCCAAGGUCUACCAGGGCAUCUACCUCCUGUUGGACGUGCACACGCGGGGCGAGGGAAGUGUUCUGUCGGAGCUGUCGCACAUGUCGGCCAAGGUGGCCGAGCACCUGCACCUGUCGACCUUUGACAAGCUCGAGAAGGACAGGCUCCGGCUACGCUCCGUCGCGAUGCAAAUGAUCAAGUACUCCCUGGGUAUGUCGAGCGACGUGUGUAGCGGCAUGUCCGAAUAUGCCCAGUACUUCACCACCCUCAGAAAGGUGUUGAGCAUUCCGAGCGGCAAGCAGAAGAUCAGGGAGGAAAUUGAGCAUGUGCUCAACAUCGUCGAAUCGGUGUACAUGGAGGAACAGCGGCGAAAGAAGCACGAAGAGAAGAAGAACUCCAAGGAGCGGGAGCUGGCGCGACGCAAGAUCGAGAGCAUGAAGGAGGCCCGGCGGCAGCGCUUCGAGACACUCAUCUCCAUCGCCGGAACGGUGACGCUGCCGCUGGUGCUGGUGGGCGGCCUGAUGGGGAUGAACCUGGAUGACCUGCCUUCCGUGGGCUUCUGGCCCCUUAUGGGCUACUCGGCCCUGGCUUCCUUCAUCCUCUUCCUCCUUCUCAUGCUCUGGUACUCGAAGGUGCACAACUUCAUCUUCCGGCGGUUUUGGGCGCGCGACGUGGCAGUGCUGCGGCACCAUCACCAGCUGCCGACCGAAGUGGAGGAGGACUACGAGGACGAGGACGAGGACGUGGAUCACUAUUACUACAACAACUACAACAACAACACCAACUACCACAACAGCCACAACAACCACUACCACAACGUAGACAACCACUCCAGCUCCAGCUCCAGCUCCUACGGCGGCCGACAAAACACCGGAGGCGACCCAUCGCUCGGCGACCCUCGCGCUCACGCCGCCGCCGCCGAGUCCGACACAACACCCCUCCUCUACCGCGGCUAA